AUGGAGCAGACAGUUACAGAGGCUGCAAAUGAUGAGCUUAAUAUCAUCAAAUGCCUCUUCAAUGACGCUGUAACCGAACAAGAUCUCCCGGCUUAUAAAAAUUAUCUUGAAUUGUUUCAGAAGGAGAUAAAUCGCUUGAAGAACGACUCUCGUGGCACCACCAGUCCAGACAGGAACCGAAGGAACAAAAGGGAUUUUGCAGCAAAAGAUUACAAAGAUAUACUGACUAUGAUGGGCGUACUUGCCAAUUCAAACCUCAAUUGCCGCGCUCAAGUCAGAGAAAAGCUACGCAAGACGGGCUUUGAGGACUAUGAUGAUGGCCCCCUGGACAGUUCUAUUGAUAUGACACUCCGGCUCUGGCUCAUGCUGAACGUACGUUCAAAGGAUACGACUAUAAAGGCUGACACCGUCGCAUUGCAAUGGAAUGAUGAUGAUACACUUUCUCAGUUCAUCGUUCAUCACUUCCCUAGAGCUGGGGAGCCGAUGACCUCGAACACAUUGCAUCGAGUAGAUGCCGACUUCAAUGCCUCAAGUCUGCAACUUUAUCGCAACGUUAGAAUUAAAUGGACCCAGAGCCUUGAGGAUCAUUUACGCCUCAAGUAUAGGAGGAAAACAAAGGAAGUAGAGCUAAGAGUUUUCCCAUUUAAGAGGAUAUUGGUAGAUUACCUGAAAUCUGGGUACGUCACUGCCCCAGUUGCGUAG